GCGGCUACUUCGGACCAGGAGUCUUCGGCCAGGUUCCACCGAGCUCUACGGCUUUCGCGUCGACCACUCCACCAGCGGCGCCAAGGUCGAGUGUGCCUGGAGGUAAGAAUGGAGGUGUUCCACCAAUGAUGAGCCCAGGAUCGAAUUUCAGCCCGGUCAUCGACACAGCGGCAGGGGCUGCUGCUUCGCUGGAUCCCCAGCCAUGUGGGGCUGCGCCGAACAUCAAGGUCGACAGCGCUUUCGAGGUGCUCGGCAUGCAGUCUCCGUCGUCUUCACAGAGGCCGGCGGACCAGGCGGAGCGCUUCAUCGCGGCCUUGACGGGAGAAAAGCGGAGCAUCCCUACGUGGCAAGGACAACCGGGCUCGCUGAGGACAUGGCUUAAGUUGCUUGCCCACUGGGAAACUGAGACUUCGGUUCCUCGGGAGAAGUGGGGUAUCCGGCUGUACCAAAGUUUCCAGGAGUCUUCGGAGCCUCGGAAGAUUGCUGAUCAAGUUCCACUUUCGGAUGUUCUUUCUGCAAGGGGCUAUGGGUUAAUACUUUCGGCGUUAAUGACCAAAUACAAGCCAUACCUUGAUGUUGCAGCUCCAGCUUCCAUUGACCGCUUCUUUUAUGCCGGAGAACGUCAAAAAGGCCAAACGUUUGCGGCUUACAUUGCCGGCAAGGAGGUGUCGCGUCAGGAGCUGGAAACUCACUUGCAGGAGAGCAUUCCCGACAGAGUGGCGGCCAGGAUUCUUAUGAGACAGGCCCUCCUCACGGACUAUCAGAGGGAAAUGAUGGCCCUGAAGGAUGCCAACCAGUUGUUUUCCUGGAGCCAGGUGAUCGCAAUGCUGAGGCCCCUCGACCGUCCCGAGCUCAUCGCGCAGGCGGCCACUGCAGAGCUUGGGGCAACGGCAAGCAAGCACUAUCCAGUGCUUGCUCUCACUGGAGACACAGCCGAGGAGGAGCAGGCCAAUGAAGAAGAUGAGUUUUGGGAAGGAGAAGAGGAGGAAGACUUGGCCUCGGACGAAGAGGAGAUGACGUUCGAGGACCGCGAGUACGACGAACACGAGGCUUUGUACAUCCACGCGUACCACAGUGCUUACAGCGAUGUCCGACGGGACCUACAGAACAGAAAGAAGGAAAGAGGUUUCGUGCGACAUCCUCGCCAGCGCGGAGAGUCACGUGGCAAGGGCAAAGGCUCUCGGAAAGGCUCGCGGGGUUCUUUCUCUUCAAGGCCGGGUCCGUCGAGGUUCAACAAGAUGAUCAAAGGCAACGCCGAUGAGCUCAUGAGCAGGACCCGUGGGUCGCCAGGCAAGCAAGUCAACUUCGUGGUGUGCCGAGGCGGCGUGGACCAGACCAUCACCCAUGCCUAUGUCUUGGCACUCCCUCUGCUGUAUGCCACCGUCAAGGUCAAAGCCCACGAAGCACUGGUGGACACAGCGGCGGAAGAUGCAGUGGUUGGCGAUCGAGCUUUUGAGGCCAUGCGAGCCGAGUUGGCGACCUUGGGACCCGUUCGUGCUGAACUCCGACGCACUCUCUUUUUCGGGGGCGGCUGUGGCAGUGGCCCCGACUGUGCUGGUUGCGUCGGGUUCGGCGUCUUCGGCUUUCGCGGGGACUACGAAAACCACGGAGUCUACUACAGCUUCAUCCACUACUACCACGGGGUCGGGAUCAGCUUCAACGGCUUUCGCAGGGACUAUGAAAACAACGGAGUCUACAGCUUCAUCCAGUACUACCACGGGGUCCAAGUCUUUGGCUUUCGCGCCGACUACGAAAACGACGGAGUCUACAGCUACAUCCAGUACUACCACGGGGACUAUGCCGACAGUCUCUUGGUUCAGGACGUGAUCAAUUACCAGUCAGCCGAGGAUGUCAUCACUAGGAUUCCGAUGGGCAGGAAGAUGAGAAAUGUCAUGAAGCCCCAGGGAAAGCAGUCUGGCAUAGUCACGUUUGGACUGUUCGCGCAUGGAGCCAUGAAUGGGGUCACUCGCUCGACUCAGGAAAUGCCGCAGGUGUGCCGCUUCAUCAACAGAUGGAUCAAGUCGCUGGCCCCUUCAGAGUUCACAUGGUCUUCGGUCACCAUCGGUGUACAGACAACGGCCGAUGUACACAUGGACGCUCACAACGAUGGUCGCUCGAAGAACAUGUCGGUGACCUUGGGCAAGUUUUCCCAAG